AGUGAACCCAAAUAAACGAUCACUUUGCCCUGCCCGACGAAAUUCUGCAUUCUCUGCAAUGGGAUAAGAUAGGAUUUACAUAUUUAGUUUGUAUAGAUACCGUACAUAGUUAGUAUCUUGCUGUACCAGUGUUUAUAAUGUAAAUGCUUUUGUCCCAGGAAUACUCAAUUCCUCCUCGUCAUCAGAAACAAACACUGCAGCACUGUGAAAAGAAAUGACAGAACCAGAUUUUCGUGAGAUAAUCUUCAAAAAACUCAAAGAACGAAAUGAAGCAAACGACCGGUUUGCAGAUCUCAUACAAUCACAUAAUCAAUUAUUUGAAGAAGUUGCUGGACUUCGACAUGACAAUUUUCAACUUAAUAUUCAGCUAGAAAAGCUUAAACAAGAUAAUUUGGAUUUACAAGUGAAAGCUGAAGCAGGUGGAGGAGCUGAGAAAAGUGAACGAUAUGUUGCGAUAGAACAGAAGUUAUUUAGAGCUCAAGAAGAAUUAACCGAAGUUCAUCGGACAAAAGGAGCAAAUGCUCAACAACUUUAUAAUUUAAAUCUUGCUUUGCAAGAAAAUGAAAAAGAAAAAAAUGUUGCCAAUGAUAGAUUACGAGAAAAAGAUGAAGAAAUCAAAAAAUUCAAAGAAGAACUUGAAAAUCUUAAUCAAAAAUAUGAUGAAUUAUUUCAGGGAAAUCAAACACUUCGAGAUGAGCAUAAUGCUCUACAUUUGAUGUGCAAUCAACUGGAAACAAAGCUUCGAGAUAGCCAAUCAGAAAAUUCUGAUCUCGUUCAAAAAUUACUUGAAAUAAAAAAUUUGCAAGCGGAGCAAAUUGAAAAAGAAAGAGCCAAUGUUAAUAUGAAUAAAAAAAAUUCUAUGACUGCUACAUCGACAACAACAACAACAUCUGUAUCAACAGCAUUACCUACCACUACCAGCAAUGGAUCACCUCCAUCCGCAGACGGGAGUCCACAGAAAAGAUCUGGUUUUCCUUUCUCUAGGUUCGGAGAAGCUGUUUCAGAUUUCUUCAGACCAAAACCAGUAGCAAGAACUACAUCUCAGGAAACAGGAAUAGAAACUCCUAGGUCUCCUGCACAUCAAGGAUGUCUUUAUGUCACUUUACCCUCAAGAAGUAGAUGUAAAUGGAAAGCUCACGAAGGAGAAGUAUCUUCUGUUAAAUUUUCAGCAUCUGGUGAAAUACUAGCGACUGGUGGUUCUGAUAAAGUAGUCAGAUUAUGGAGCGUUGUGGGAGAAAAAUGCAUGAUGGAGCACACACUACGAGGUUGUAAUGGUGGAAUAACUAAUAUAGAUUUUGAUCCACAGGAACAAUUAUUAAUUGCGUGUUCGAGUGAUUAUGCAGUACGAUUGUGGACAAUGUCUAUCCAAAGAUUAAAAUUGACAUUAACUGGUCAUCAAGGCAAGGUUUUAUCAGCAAGAUAUCUUGGUUAUGGUCACCGUCUUGUCUCUGGCAGUAAUGAUAGAACAGUUAAAGUUUGGGAUCUAAAAAGUGGUUCCUGUGUUAAAACAUAUCUUGCCGGUUCUUCAUGUAAUGAUGUUGUCACGACAGAUCAAUCUGGUGAAUGUGUUGCAAGUGGUCAUUUUGAUAGGAAAUUAAGGUUUUAUGACACAAGGUCUGGUUCAUCAGCAACUUCAGAAAUGUCGUUAGGUGGCAGAAUCACUUCACUGGAUACACCACUCGAUAAAAAUUAUGUUGUCUGCUGCACCAAAGAUCAUACAUUAGAAAUUAUUGACUUAAGGAAGAGAUCAGUGUUACACAGCCUGAGCCAUGACUACUUCAAAGUUGCAACAGAUUAUUCGAGAUGUGCGUUUAGUCCAAGUGGAGAAUAUGUUGCUGUCGGAUCUUCUGAUGGGACGUUACUUGUAUGGAACGCCUCAAGUGGAGAUUUGGAAACCACUGUGCAUGAGCAUGAUGAUCCUGUUAUAUCUUGCUCAUGGAAUGGUGGAAAUCUUAUCACUGGGGAUAAAGCACGAAAUUGCAUUUUGUGGACAGAUGUAUGAGAAACGAAGAUUUAGUUGUGUCUUGGUUUCCUCAUGACCCUCAUUCUUGAGAAGAGCUAUCCGUAUGAAUCCUACAGUAUCUGACUGUAUGCUGACUAUAGAUUUGGCAGGUUCAUAUGAUCAAGUAAUUUUGUUGGAAAUUGCAAUUACUGAUCUUACUUCAAUUGCCUCAUUGAGUCUAAUUCGAAAUCUGAGGCAUAAAAAAGGCUUUGUAUGUUGUGGCAGUAUCUACCUAUUGUAGAAUUGAAAAUGUAUACUGCACUGCAAUAUAAUGUAGAAGGCGAUUGUUAUAUCGGAAUCAGUCGUUUUAAGUUCUGAAACUGUAGUUGGAGCGGCUCAGCAAAAAUUGACUUCCUUAUCGAUAUAUUCUGAAAACUAUUUCACAGAUAACAUGCUCAAUUUAAAUUGCAUUAUGCAUAGGCUCUUUACAUGAUCGUAGUUGUGUUGCGCAAUGAAUCAUCUUCGACAAUAAACGACAAUGUGGAAUGAGCUGAAGUUCGACCAUGUGAAUCGGACUACUUUUUAAAUGUCAGUAUACUUACCCAAUUUAAGCUUUGAUGUCUUUUAAAUCGGCAAGAUUUGUUGUCUAUGAUAUGCACUUUCUGAUUACUUCUGCCUUUUUGUUCCUUCGGUUUUCGUAAAUAUUUACAUUUCUUUAGAUAUUUAUAUUAUUAUUAUUUAGAACUUUUAUGCCAUCAUUUUGUGAUGCCACUCAACGGCAAGAUAUUUGCUAGGUAUUUGACAGCUGUUCACUGUUUGUCAACCUGGCUUUCUCGUUCCAGAACCAGAGCGUUAUCUCGCUGAAUGGUUUAAUUUCAACUUUUUCAGAUUUAUGUAAUAAAUCGAUAACACGUUA